UCAUCGACGGGAUCCUGCAACGCUCAAUCGUUCAUCCUGCAGGUGUUGCGCACAGCAGGUACGAGGUCGACAGGUGCAAUAAUCGGGGGUGACCCGGUUGUUGCCGCCGGGGCGGCGAUGCGACGAUGAGCUCGCUGAGGAUACUGCUUUCCCUCUACACCCGACCAGAGCCCCGAGUAGUAGCAAGGCCGGGUCGCCUCGCGAGCUGUUGCAAGGUCGAGCACAGAGGAGCGGAAGCUGGUUCAAGGCCGAAAUUAGUCGCUUGGCCAUGGACCUCGAAGCGAGGAACGGGACUGGCGGCAACGACGACAAGGAAUACACGAAUAUUUACUUCAUCGUUGGCGAUCGCAGGGAGACGGCCACCUACAAAACGGAUCAGGUCACGGAUAUGGAGCUUAAGGAACUCUUUAGAAAUGCAGCGGAGGCUGGUCCUCUGGACAUCGUGAAGCUUUGCAAGGGGGACAAAGUGUUGAACAUUUCAACUAAUUUGCCGGCGAACACACCAGACUCUCCCUAUGUUCUUCAGAUUGUCGGAGCGCAUCCGGCCUCGUCAGGGGUGAUCGAGGCGGAAGUGCUGUGGGCUCUCGAAAGACGUGUGGCGGCCUUGGAACGGCAACUUCGGGAGCAUCAAGAAGCUCUGUACGCGACACCAACGCUCGCUCUUCGUGAACUGAAGCGGCAGGUCGACAGUUUCAAGAAUAAGUUGGAGCACAACGACCAUCUCAGUUGGUUGAGUUUCUACAAACAGCUUCCAGAGCCCCUUUACGCGGAUUCCUGCCGCAGAUUGCAGUAUCGUCGGAAAAGCGACAGCAUGAAGCGGAAGGUGCGAGAAAAGUUCCUCAAUAUGUGCGAUGUGUCAGUGUCAGCGAACGUUCGAGAGUGGCUGCGCUCGCCGGCUUUCGAUGCACGGCAAUGGGAAGACGAAGAACUUCUGCUGAUGCUGCAAACGAUGUUCGUCGAGCUGGACCUACCUCAAAAGUUUAACAUUCCUUUACCAAUCCUGAGGACCUUCCUGUAUGAAGUUUACAACAACUAUAACGAAGUGCCAUUUCAUAACUUUAGGCACUGCUUCUGCGUAGCGCAAAUGAUGUACGCGAUAGCCUGGGCAGUGGAUCUUCCGUCACGAAUCGGCGACCUGGAGGUUUUUAUACUGAUCGUCUCCUGCAUCUGCCACGACCUAGAUCAUCCGGGGUACAACAACAUUUAUCAAAUAAACGCCCGUACAGAGUUGGCUCUGCGUUACAACGAUAUCUCACCACUGGAGAACCAUCAUUGCUCCGUGGCCUUUCGUGUCCUCGAGGCGCCGGAAUGCAACAUCCUGGCGUCUUUGGACAAUGCAACCUAUCGAAUCGUACGCGAAGGGAUCAUCAGAUGUAUUCUCGCGACGGACAUGGCCAGGCACAACGAGAUCCUCGGCCAGUUUACCGAUAUCAUCCCGGAAUUCGAUUAUUCUAGCAAGGCUCAUAUCAAUUUGUUGUCCAUGAUCCUCAUCAAAGUAGCGGACAUCAGCAACGAGGCCAGACCUAUGGAAGUCGCGGAACCAUGGCUGGAUAGGUUGCUUCAGGAAUUCUUCAAGCAGAGCGACGCGGAGAAGUCCGAGGGGCUUCCAGUUACGCCGUUUAUGGAUCGUGACAAAGUAACGAAGCCCUCGUCCCAGGUCAGCUUCAUCGGUCUCGUUUUACUUCCUCUUUUCGAGGCCCUCGGUGAACUGUUGCCGGAACUGCAGAGCCUAAUUGUUCAGCCGGUGAGGGAAGCGUUGGAGUACUAUCGGAAACUGAACGAGGCGGCGAAAGACGAGCGACAUCAUCGGAAAAGCGUGGCUGACUUGAGCGAAUCGACGCCGAUGAUGAUGACGCCUGGUAGCACGGUGUCGGCGAGCGUCGUCAAGUCCACCUCGUCGCACAGUAUGCGCUCGAAACGUUCCACCGGCACGUUUCACUCGCGAUCUCGAUCCACCGACGACGACAUCACGGAGAAUCUGACGGGGGAGGACGCGGAGAACCUCGAGAAUUCCGACGUGGAGACAGCGACGGAGGUGGAGGUGAGCGAGAAGACGUUGAAGUUCAAGAUCUCAACGGAGGGGACGUUGGCUGGGCCGGCAACAGGUAGGAAAAGCUACCCGGGUAGCCGGAAGGGUAGUCGAGAGAAAUCAUCAUUGGAUUAUCAUAAUCACGACCUGGCCAGGGCUGUCAGGGAGCACGGACGCGAAAGAAGACGCAGUAAAGGAGAGAAUCCUAGCAGCGAUCUGAGCUCGCCUGUCAGCGCGAUGUCCGCGGAGGGAACCAGGAUCCUGGAGGAGCUGGAGAAGCAUGAAACGGUUCUGUUAGACGGGAAAUUGAACGAACGAAGGCUGAUCGAGGGUAACGGUAACGUGGUGGUCGAGACGCAGCAGAGGAACAACCUGAAGAAACUGACGAGUAGUAGUAUAGCGGAGAACGAUCAGGAGGUCAGGUCUAGUCGCAAAGAGAUUCAGAGGGAGACGGUGGUCGGGCUCCGGUGCUGUUGCGAGGACAAAACUGAAUCGAACAAUCACAAGUCCAUUUUCUCGAGAUUGAGGAACUUCACGGAUCGGUUGAGCAUCAGCUUCGACUCGAAGGAUCCUCCCACGUCGAAACCGACGAAACACGUGUCCAAGUUGUUGAACAAGAGCAACUCGGUGAGCAACGCGGCGGCCACGGCGACCACCUCUUCCAGGCACAACAACUCUCUGGUGGUGUGCAAACGUUGCAACCUAGCGAAACCCUCGAUGAAGGAGAGCAAGGCUAUAGCGACGGUGGUCGAGCUGUCCUCGGUGGACAAGCGGGCGAUGACGUUGCCGAAGGUGAGGAAAUCGACAGACUACAAGAACAAGAGCUGGAGGAUGGUGUUCGUGAAGGAGAAGAGAUCGUCCGCUUCGUUGGAGGCUUUGCCAGGCGCGAUGUUGGACAAUUCGUUGUCGAAACACCGCCGGAAUUUCUCCAAUCCGGAGGGUAAGUCGCAGAGUAUGAGAGAGAUGAAAGGUCAGAAGAGCUUGGACAUCGAGUUCAGGGAGAUCGAGGUGCGCACGAGUAAGCAACAGCCGGAGAUCGUCGUGAAGGCUGAAGGCGGGUCGAGAGAGGCUGUGCAGGAAGAUACGAGCAAGGUAGAAAUUCGAAGAAGCUCGGCUAGUAUGGAGGACAUCUCGAAGAUGACGAAACAGACUGAAAGCGUGAUGCUCGGUUCGUUGGAGCCAAAGAAACCGGAGGAACGUCCUCACACGGGUAGCCUGGACUCGAUGCUGUGCAAAGAAUCGACCAAGUCACGGAAGAAGCCGACAACCUAUACAACGGCGGCAACGUCGAAAAAGUCCUCGCCGGGUUUGUUGUCGCGAUUCAAGUCCGGUAUGAGCAUCGACAGCACCAGGAGCAACAGCAACAGCGACUCUUUGCACGAUCAGAACUCGCAGUCGCCGAGCGGUUGGAUCUCUUCCCUGACGGCGAGCUUUCGGCCGAAGAGGCAGGUUACCGAGGCUCCUUCAUCGUCGCAUCCUCCUCGUUCACCGAGUCGAGAGGAGAUCAAGUGA